CGUACCCUAAAUUUUUGGACACGUGACUUGAUCAUUAUCGCAUGACGAAGUUGUAAGAACUGAUAUAUUAAUAAUUGUCUGGAUAUAAUGAAUUGUAAAGAACUGAUAAAAUGCAUGAAUUUUUCUGCGAUUAAACACAGAUUUCAAAGAAGAAAAGACCCGGAUAAAACUCCCUACAUAAAUCACCCAAUAGGGGUGGCAUAUAUCUUAUCAGAAGAAGCUGGAAUAACAGAUUUAAAUAUAUUGCAAGCAGCUCUUUUACAUGAUACUAUAGAAGAUACAGAUACAACAUUAGAUGAACUUAAAAAAGAAUUUGGAGAGGAAGUUGCAGCAAUUGUAGCAGAAGUUUCUGAUGAUAAAACAUUGCCAAAACAAGAACGUAAAAGACUACAGAUAUUACAUGCUUCAAAGGCCAGCCCUAGUGCAAAGUUGGUCAAACUGGCCGAUAAACUUUAUAAUUUGAGAGAUUUAAAUCAUGCAACACCGGAAGGAUGGAGUGAAGAAAGGGUUCAGGAAUAUUUUAUAUGGGCAGCUAAAGUGGUUAAUCAGAUACGUGGAAUAAACAGUGCUCUUGAAUCCUCCCUAGAUGUUAUUUUUAAAGAAAGACAUGUAGAUUUAAUUAGAGUUGAAGGUGAUAAUCACAUAUCAUGAAUAAUGAUAUUUAGAUAGACCACAUUGCUCAUGAUCUGCCUAUCCUUUGUCAGGAUUAAAACUCCUCAAAAGUUUUUACAUAAAUUUAGAACAAAAUGUUUAAACACUGAAACACAUAAAUUUCAAUUGGUUUGACCUUUACGGUUAUUUCUGUUAUAUUUAAAUUACUCCAAGUUUACAUAUAAUAAUUAUGGUUCACCAGAAAAGCUUGAUCCUCUGCAUAUUGUGGGGCAUAUAUAGAGGACAGUUUUACUGACAAACGUAUUGAACAAGUACCGACAUAAAAGAGAUCGUAAACUGUGUCUUGUAUCGGGUUAAAGUUUUACAACAAAAAGAGAAGGUAGAUGUACAAUUUACAAACCUGAACAAAUAUAUUCUACUAGGCAUUUUCCUUAUGUCAAAGGGAUAUUUAUCAAAAUUGCCGUAGUUAAAUAUUAAAGAGGGAGAUUACUGGAUUUAGCAAUCUUAAAAAAUACUGAUCCAAGGAAUAAUCUCUGUACAUUUGAAAUAUCUGUCAUGAGCUUUAUCCCAUUGAUUGUUCCCCCAAAUUGUGAAAGGAUUAAAUUGGGUGUAUAAAUAAAACCCAAAACAUUGUUAGUCACUUUAGAAUUUUUAUUUGAAAAUGCUGAACAUACAUGUAAAAACAAACUGUCCAUCCACUGCGUACUCUUACAAAACUACAUGAUAAAGAUAACACAAUGGCUACAACGUAAUAGGCUAAUGUUUAUAUAUACAUGUGAUUUUCAUCUAAAUUUAAGGAUAAUUUUAUAAAUCAACAUGAUCAAAUUAUACAUAAUAUACAAAUGAAAUAGUUGUUUUUCUAUAUAGAUAAAAUCUUAUGUACAAAAAUAUUUAGCAAGGAUUUAUAUAUAUAUUUCCUUGCUAAAUAUUUUUAUACACAAGAUUAUAUACAUAUUAAAUUAUUUCCUUGCUAAAUAUUUUUAUAUAUAGUAAAUUAUUUCCUUGCUAAAUAUUUUUGUACUUUAUCAUGUGUUAAUAUUUUUAAAAAUUGUUAUGUAUCAUUGAUAAUUGUUAUUUUACUUUGAUAUGAUGGCAGAAUUAAUAUUCUAAUGAAAAAAGGCUAAAUACUGUAGGCUAAUUUAUGAAUAAAUUAUUUUUGUUUUACAUGAGAUUGAACCCUGGUUUAUACAAAGGAAAAAAAGAGUAAAAAAUGAUGUUUACUUUAACUUUUAUGAAAGUAAUAAAACAACUACUGUUUACCAUAAUAAUAUAAGAUAAAACUAUAAUUGGGGUGUGCAGUAAUGUGUUAUAGAAAUUAAAAACUAUAAUUGGGAUGUGCAGUAAAUUAAAUUAUACAUUAAUCAAUAUUUAUAUAGGCCAAAGAUAAAGCAACAAUGCUAAAUAACAUUCAUUGAUCUGUGUGCAUAAAAGCUGAAGUUACAUAAAUAUAUCAUAUGUGACUCUAAGGUGUCUGUAUAAACAAAUAGUAUUUAUGAACAGAAUACAGUUCAGUAACAAAAAAUUAAUACACAUUCUGAUGAUAUUGUAUAUAGUUGACCCAAACAAAAAUAAAUGUUUAGAUGUCUUCCUGGAGCAAUAAAGAUACCAUUUCAGGUUUA